AAACGAAGAAAGAGAAGAAAAAAAGUAAAAAAAAGGUGGGGGUCUUUGAGCUCACAGAGAGUUCAACUAUCAUCAUCAGAGAGGUCAUCACAGUGAGUGUUCAUGCUCUUGAUUGAUCGAUUGUUAGUGUUUUCGGAGGUUACUAGUUAAGGAUUGCUUUGUUGGAAGAAUGUUUGCUGUUGGCAAAGAUUGCAGUUGGCUACCCAUGGGAACAUGCCCACGUGUCAUAUUUACUGUUUUUUUGCUUGGAUGUUUAUCCAUGUGAAUUUAGACUGCAUGGAUAGAAAUCUGGGUAAAGGUACAAUGGAUCAACAUAAAAACUAUGAGCGUGUACGCUACAAUAAUGUUGAAGCUAGAAAUGACGGAAAUGGGUCAUCCAAUCAAAGGUACUUCCAGGAUCCAUCAAGUAAUGCGAAUACUAACAUGCGACCUCCAGAUUACAAUGUUGCUGUUGGAGCCAGGCCUGUGUUAAAUUACUCCAUUCAGACUGGUGAGGAAUUUGCUCUUGAAUUCAUGAGGGAAAGGGUGAACCCAAGGCAACAUUUAGCUUCUGGGGAUCCUAAUAGUGCUCCUAACUAUAUGGAUCUAAAAGGCAUACUGGGAAUUAGCCAUACAGGUUCAGAAAGUGGGUCUGAUACUUCGUUGCUGAACUCGGUAGAUAAAGGGCGUGCCCAGGAAUCCGAAAGAAAGGCAUCUUAUGCACAUGAAGAUAAGAGUUACUAUGAUUCGGUACAAUUACCACAAACCUCAUCAAGAAAUGACAGCAAUCGAGGACUUCAUUAUGCUUCUUCAGGAAUGUCUGAUAGCUCAGUGAGGAAAGUGAAGUUUCUCUGCAGCUUUGGUGGUAAAAUUUUGCCGCGUCCCAGUGAUGGAAGGCUUAGAUACGUUGGAGGUGAAACACGUAUUAUACGGUUAAACAGGGAUAUCUUUUGGCAGGAUCUGAUGCAGAAAAUGUUGACAAUUUAUGAUGAAACUCGGGCAAUAAAGUAUCAGCUUCCUGGUGAGGAUCUCGAUGCACUUGUUUCUGUUUCAUGUGAUGAAGAUCUGCAAAACAUGAUGGAUGAAUGCAAUGUGCUACAAGACGGGGGAUCACAGAAACCUAGGAUGUUCCUGUUUUCUCAUGUUGAUUUGGAGGACUCUCAGUAUGGUGUAGAAAGCAUGGACGGUGAUUCUGAGGUUCAGUAUGUAGUUGCUGUAAAUGGUAUUGACUUAGGUUCAAGAAAGAAUUCUAUUGCUUUGGCAAGUUCUUCAGGCAACAACUUGGAAGAGUUACUCAGUCUAAAUGUUGUAAGGGAGAGCACUCGAGCAGUGCCUGAUACAGCUAGUGCUGGCGCAGCACCCUCAGCACCAAAUGUGGCUUCCGCUAAUCAAUCUUCUCAAUCAGUACUUCCAGGUUCUUCAAGGGCUUAUGAAUCCAAUUCACAACCAUACCAGGGGCAGAAGGUGCAUAGUGUGGAAGCCAGACAGCAUCCAGUGUCAACUUUCCACCCUGUCCCUGGGAAAGAUGGUCUGACUCAUGUGCCUUCAUUGGUUCCAUUGCAAUAUGAUUCUGGUUCUCACCCUUCUCACUAUGCAACACCUGGAGGAAAUAUAGAUUCAAUGCCUGUAUACGGUCAAUCCACUCAACAGGGGGGAUUGAUUGAAGAGCAGCUAUAUGGUGGCAUGCAUGGGCAAGGUUCAGAAUUGCCCAUAAAGGAGAUGAAAUUGAAAAGAAACAGCUCUGCACAAAAGAUAAAUGAACCUGAGAAAAUUCGAUCCUCAGAGAAGGAAGCUCCACCAAAGGAAGCAAGAAUGAAGAGAGAGAGCUCUCUCCAGAAGAUAAAUGAAAGCAAUAAGCCUAGGAAUUUAGUAAAUGACAACACUGUUUCUCUACCUCCAUCUGACAGUUCAGUUCCCAAUCAUAUUUCUAGGGAUGAAGUUUCAGUUGCCAAUUCAGCUGCAGAGACAGGGUCACCUUUGUUGGCUACAAGAAGCAGCAAAAAGCUCCAGGAACCUCGACAAAAUCCAAUGACCUCUGAAGAUGUAAAUGAUGGGAAGAAGAUCAAUGAAGAUGACCGAUUUGACACGGCCAGUGGACUGUCUAAUCCUGGAUACGGUGGCUCUGAGGUUGAUUCUAGAUAUGGUGGCUCUGAGGUUGAUUCUAUGGACUUUAGCUACCUUGACCCGCCUGUGGCUCCUCAGCGUGUCUAUCAUUCUGAGCGGAUCCCCAGGGAACAAGCAGAAUUGAACCGUUUAUCAAAAUCUGGUGAUUCUUAUGGUUCCCAGUUUAUGGUAACUCAAGCACAGUCAGAUCACUCACUACCAAUCACGGACUCUUUGGAUAAAUUGCAUGGUGAGAAUGUCCCCUUGCAGUCUGAGCAGUCUGUGCAGCCUGGCUUACCUUCAAAACUAUUGCACGUUGAAGAUGGACUGGCACAAUUUGGAAAGUAUAAAGAAUUUGCUGAAAAUAUUAGUAAAAUGAGUUCUGAUGCUUAUCAUGAGGGGCUUGAGUCAAAGGUACAAAAAUCGGAUCAGGAAAUGGGCCGGCCAAAAGAUAACUACAAAGACCCCAGUAACAAAGAUAAAGAAGCGGCAGUGCUGACUCAACAAACUGCUGAUCCGGAAACAUUUGGGAAGCUUACACAUGAUUCUGCUUCAGUUCCACCAGAAUUUAAAUGGUCUGAGAUUGCUGGCGGUAAGGACAAUGAGAAUCAUGCCAAGGGUCAUGGACAACCAUUGGCUAGGGCAGAGAACCCCAGAGGUGUUGCUCAUGGGGAGUCUGCUGCUGGUGCUGGCACUCCUGAGCAGGGAGACAUUCUCAUUGAUAUUAAUGACCGCUUUCCGCGUGAUUUCCUGUCUGAUAUAUUUUCCAAAGCUACAAUCUCAGGGGAUCUUUCUGACCUUCCUCCACUUCCUGGCGAUGGUACUGGCUUGAGCUUGAACAUGGAGAAUCCCGAGCCUAAGCAUUGGUCAUAUUUCCGAAAUUUGGCUCAGAAUGAAUUUGUAAGAAAAGAUGUUUCCCUUAUGGAUCAGGACCAUCUGGGUUUCUCAUCCCCACCGACCGAUAUUGGAGCAGAGACUCCAGUAGAUUACAGCUUUCCACCUUUGAAGUCUGAUGGAGUUGUUUUUGGUCACACUGACUCCCAAAUAAAUUUUGAUGAAGAUAUUCGGCAAGGGUUGCCUGGUGUAGCUGGGCCAAAUGCCGUGAAUUUAGGUUCAGUUUACAAUCAUACGCCACUCAAGGGAAUUGAAAGUGAGCAGCUGGAUGGGGUAAAUCAUGGAGUAAGAGAAUCAGAGUAUGAGAAUGGUGAGCUAAAUGUUCAGAACACAGGUGUACCUCUUGUCGAUCUUUCUCUGGAAGAAUUUGAUAUUACUACUUUGCAGAUCAUAGAGAAUGAAGAUCUUGAAGAGCUUAGGGAAUUGGGUUCUGGCACAUUUGGAACUGUUUAUCAUGGAAAGUGGAGGGGAACAGAUGUGGCCAUUAAACGAAUAAAAAAGAGCUGUUUCACGGGGCGUUCAUCAGAGCAAGAAAGACUGACUAAUGAGUUCUGGCGCGAAGCUGAAAUUCUUUCGAAGCUUCACCAUCCGAAUGUGGUGGCGUUUUAUGGUGUUGUUCAGAAUGGACCAGGAGGAACACUAGCCACGGUGACAGAGUUCAUGGUGAAUGGCUCACUGAGGCAUGUUUUACUUAGCAAGGAAAGACAUCUUGAUCGUCGUAAGCGGCUCAUUAUUGCGAUGGAUGCAGCAUUUGGAAUGGAAUACCUACAUUCAAAAAACAUAGUGCACUUUGAUUUGAAAUGCGACAAUUUACUUGUAAAUUUGAAAGACCCUCAACGACCCAUUUGCAAGGUAGGAGACUUUGGCUUGUCAAAAAUCAAAAGAAACACCUUGGUUACUGGUGGUGUUAGGGGAACCCUACCAUGGAUGGCUCCGGAGCUUCUUAAUGGUAGCAGCAGUAAGGUUUCUGAAAAGGUUGAUGUAUUCUCCUUUGGUAUUGUCUUAUGGGAGAUUCUAACUGGUGAGGAGCCUUAUGCCAACAUGCAUUACGGAGCAAUCAUAGGAGGCAUUGUGAACAACACAUUGAGGCCACAUGUGCCACCCUAUUGUGAUCCUGAAUGGGAGUUGCUGAUGGAGCAAUGCUGGGCCGCCGAUCCUGUUGCUCGCCCAUCGUUUACCGAAAUAACCAAACGCUUGCAGGUGAUGACUGCAGCUUGCCGACCUACCAAACCACAGGUUCAACCACAGAACCAGGUCCCCAAGUAGCAGGGUUCCACGAUGAUCCCCUCGUUCAAUCUUGGCUUAGCACGAGAGCCGAUUACAAGAAAUUAUUUAUACUCCGUAUAGGUUGUGUGUAUUAUAUGACGACUGGGGAGAAGAAGGGCUCCCAGUGUAAUUGUGGAACGAACUUUUUUACAGAACGGAAUGAUUGUGUAUUUAGGUGCAUAAAAGGGAAGAACUGGGUUUUUAUGUAAAUCUUUUAUUUGUGUUCAUAGUGAUGCACGAACUUUUAUUUUUCAAAUUUCAAUGAAAUGAAUGAAAAAAAAAAAAAAAAAAGCUGUGAAAGGCAAUUGUUUCAUGAUCA